AUCACAAUGGAAAGUGGUAUUUUUUGUAUUGUAAAACUACAAAGACUCAGUUUUUAAUUAUAAUUAUUUUUGGAAUGAGCAAUUGCCAUUCAAUCCAGAGGAUUACAGAAUGUGGACUUACAUGUUCUCAGGAAGUACACUGUAAAAUCAAACCAUCCCCUGACAUAUUAAAUCUUUUCUGUCGCCCUCCGCCUCUCAACAUACUUCCUACUGUUUUGGAGAAUUUAAAGGUUUCUACAGUCAUGAAGUGCAAAGAGAAGAAUCGUUGUUCACUUUAUCUGAAUAUCAAAGGAACAGUUACUAUUGAUGCACACAUUCGGGGAGUAGAAAUAUGCACUACAGCUCUAAGUACUUCGCAGAAUCUAUGUACAAGCGUCAGAUUUUCCAGAAACAAAAUAAAAAAUAUGCCAAAGAUACAUAUCCAGUAUAACUGUUUCGAGGUUGGUGUUGCCCAACAAGUGUAUGUGACCAUGAAAACAAUUCCAUAUUUUUGUAAUGUUGAAUUAGCACGGCAGUAUACUGUAGAAGAUUGCCAAAACCAGGAUGUUGGGAAGAAUGUAUUAUCAUGUUUGACUGGGAAAUUAGACUACAUGGUCGAUGAAGAAAAGAAGGUCAUAACAGUACAUGUGUCAGAUAUUCUUAAAGAUUUUAACUAUAAUGUUCGUCUUUGUCUAAAACAUUUCACUUGUCAAGAUACAGGAGCAUUUGCACAGAUAAAAAAGGAAGAUGUCGCAAAAUCUGCCAGUCUACCAUAUUCAGAGAUUGUACCAUGUUUAUGCAUUGAGGGUUGGUCAGCAUUUCCAGAUUCAAGGAGGAUACGUCUAUGUCCCUUUAAAAAUGGAGGUGGUUUACUCCAUGUUCCUGUGAAUUUCAACUCCUCGGAAUUAUGUAACUAAUUGAAUCGUUGUGUCCUGUUAAAUAUGCUAUUCAUAAUUUUUAUUCUUUAUGUAUUAUUUAUUUAUUAUGCUAAAGAGUUUUAAAAAAUGCACUAUCAUUGUUUUCACGAGUUAUAAAAUUACUGUUCAUUAACAAUUAAUAAAUGUGUUUAUAAACUA